AUGGCACAAAACGAGAUUUUUCAUCAUGUUCAGACUGUAUUGGAUGGAACAAACUAUAUGUUGUGGUCUCAAUCUAUGCGCAGCUUUCUUAAAGGCCGCAAGCUUUGGCUUUAUGUCACUGGGGAGAUCCAAAAGCCAGUUAAAAAGGAUUCUGAGGAUCCCACUGAUGCUCAGAUGUAUAUUACCCGUAGAGAUCAACAUCGCCUUCACCAAUUUUUGAUGGCUUUGCGUGAUGCUUUUGAGCCUGUUCGUGUGCAACUAUUACAUCGUUCUCCUCUUCCCACUUUGGACACUGCCAUUUUCGAACUUGUCCGUGCCGAGACUAGAUCGCAGACUAUGCGUUCUCAGCCUAGUCAUACAGUGUUGGCUGCACCAUCCUCUGGCUCCUCGUCAUUCCAGCGAGAGUAUUAUGACAGGUCAGGUACUUCUCGACUCCCUCCUAAGUCUCGCGAUAAUAAUUACUGUCGCUAUUGUCGACGUCGAGGGCACACUAUUGACAAGUGUUGGCGUAAGGGAAGAUCUAAUGCACCCACAGCAGCAAUUGCUCAUACUGAGAGUGGUUCAUCUCCAGCUGCUUCAUCUCCAGCUGCUCCCUCUUCAGUUGCCCCCUCUGGCCACGCAUCAGGAUCCAGUGUCACCUUAUCUGCAGCUGACUUCGAGACAAUAGUCAACCAGGUCGUCCUAUCUCGUUCUGGUAAUGCAUCUUCCUCUGUCCUCUCAGUUUUGCCAGGUAUCUCUUCCUCUUGGCUCUUUGACUCUGCUUGUUGCAAUCACAUGACACCUCACCCUACUUCCUCUACCACAUCUGUACCUUCCCCUCAUUCUUCAUUCAUUCGCACAGCUGAUGGCUCCAUUAUGACUGAUCCUCGUACGAAUCAGACCAUUGGGACCGGGCGUAGAAUUGGGCGUAUGUUUGAACUAUCAUCCUUACAUCUCCCCGCCACAGGCAUCUCUGCUGCAGCCUCCUCAUCAUCACCAUCUCUUCCUCAUGAGCGCACCAAACUUGAGCCUCGUUCUCGGUUGUGUUGUUUUCUUGGAUAUGGAGUGGAACACAAGGGCUACCGGUGUUAUGAUCCUGUGUCUCGUCGUCUUCGCAUCUCCCGUCAUGUAGUUUUUUGGGAGCAUCGACUAUUCCACGACGUCGGCAAAUUCAACAUGCCAUCAUCCCCUCCCUUUACUACCCUUUUUGAGUUUCCUCUUUCUCCUACUCCCACCACCAAUGUCUUGCCUGAGUCUCUCUCGCUAGAACUGCAGUCAUCUGAUGCCCUCGAAGCUGCUUCGCCUGUGUCCCCAAGUUCUUUGCCUGCGUCCCCAAGUUCUUCGCCUGCCUCCCUAGGUUCUGUUCCAUCUGAGGAUCCAGUCUGCACUCCAUCACCUGACAUUCGUCGAUCCACCCGAGUAAGAUCUCUUCCUUCCCAUUUACAGGAUUUUCAUUGCUUUCAUGCCUUAGCUACUUUGCACGAGCCUCACUCUUUUCGUGAGGCCUCCACUAACCCUUUUUGGCAGGCUGCGAUGAAAGAGGAACUUGAUGCUUUACACAAGAACAAUACAUGGGAUCUGGUUGACUUACCUCUUGGAAAAUCUGCGGUCGGGUGUAAGUGGGUUUACAAAAUCAAGACUUGUUCCGAUGGUACUAUUGACAGGUACAAGGCUCGACUUGUGGCCAGAGGUUUUACUCAGGAAUAUGGUGUGGAUUAUGAGGAGACUUUUGCUCCAGUUGCUCGCCUCUCUUCUAUGCGUGCUCUGUUGGCUGUUGCAGCCUCUCGGCAUUGGUCACUUUGUCAAAUGGAUGAACUUAAACAGUUUCUUAGUCAACACUUUGAGAUGAAAGAUAUUGGCCCUCUCAGCUAUUUUCUUGGUCUUGAGAUCUCAUCUUCUUUAGAUGGUUAUUAUUUAACACAGGCCAAGUAUAUAUCUGAUCUACUUUCUCAGGCCAAUCUUACAGACAGUAAGAUUGUCGACACACCGACUGAGCUUAAUACUCGUCUCACUCCUCAUGAUGGCGAGCCUCUUCAUGAUUUUACCUUAUAUCGGCACUUAGUUGGCAGUCUUGUCUACCUUACUGUCACUCGACCUGAUAUCUCGUAUGCUGUCCAUCAGGCGCACAGUGCUUAUCAUGGUGUUGGCAUUGUGAAAUUGAUGGGCCGUAGCAGUGGAUAUAUAGCUAUGCAUGCAUCCCUAGUUAGUGGACAAAUUGACAUAUGUUUCAUUCCUGAGAGGGAGCAGGGCAGGUGA